AUGUUAAAAUGUGAUUGUGUCGCUUCUGUCGGUUGUUUGUCUCUGAAAACGCUCUUCGAAUUAUUUGAUUUGCUGUUUAAAUGUACAAGUAGAAUCCUUUAAACCGUUGUAAAAGUACAGUUUUUGUGAGGCUGCAUCAUCAUUACGAAUAAAAUCCUACAAAUUGACUGCCGUUUUCGUGAUUAAAGUGGAAAUAGAUUGUUCGACUUGUCCCGCCAUGGAUUGUAAAAAGUGCCACCUCCCCGUCAACACAAAAGAUCAGCAGUACAUUUACUGCAAUGCACCCGAUCCAGAGCCGAAAUGCGUACUUGAACGUGACGUAGAAGAGCUGAAGUCCAAAGUGGAAACCAUCCUCUCGAUGCUUGCUUCCCAUGCGGAUUCUGUGGUUCGACACUCGACUCCAACCUCGUCGAUAGUAUUUGAUGACACGGUAAAAGGAUCGAACCUAAUCAGUGAAAUGUCAUAUGCACCUGGUCGGUUAUCGGAGUCAAUUGGCGGAGUUGAUAAUUUCGAUCUGCUGCUAACUAAUAUCAAUGCAACGGUUUCGGAAGAAGAUGUUCAACGCAUGGUUUGUCGAUGUUUAGGAGCCCGUGAUAACGAGUGCAACAAUGUUAAGAAACUGGUUCCGCGGUGGGUUGACUGUAGUACGUUGGAUUUCGUCUCGUUCAAGAUCGUUCUAGACCGGAAAUGGAAGCCUGCAGCGAUGAUGUCGUCUACUUGGCCGAAAAAUAUCAAAUUUCGUGAAUUCAAGCGAAGACUUUGUACGUGGAAACCCGACGAUAUGUAAUUUUGCUACGAAAUUGUACUUAGUAUGAUGUUUUUAUGAUGAUAUGUUUAGCCUCUUUUUUUGUUAUCUGUGUCGAUGUGUAUUUAGCAGUAAUAUUUGAUGUUGUCUGUUAUUAGAAUAGUACAUUCAAUUAGACUCAUAAGAAGUCCGUUGAAUUAAAU